AUGGGAAUGGAGAGGCAGCUUACAAUGGCAUAUUCACCACAGCAGAACGGUGUGGCUGAGAGAAAGAACAGAACCAUAGUGGAGAUGGCUAAGUGUAUGAUGUUUGAGAAAAGCAUGCCACUUGAGUUUUGGGCAGAAGCUGUUAAUACUGUAGUGUAUAUUCUAAAUCGAUGUCCAACUAAAGCUUUGGACAAGAAAACGCCAUUUGAAGCCUAUAGUGGAAGAAAGCCAGGACUUAAACACUUAAGAGUGUUUGGUUCUCUAUGCUAUGCACAUGUUCCAAACCAACAUAGGCAAAAACUAGACUUGGCAAGCAAAAGGUAUGUGUUUCUAGGAUAUGGCAGUUGUGAGAAGGGGUAUAGACUAUAUAAUAUUACCACUGGAAAGGUGAUUAUCUCAAGAGAUGUGGUAUUCAAUGAAGAUGCUAGCUAG